AUGGCUGCUUCGUUCGAGCGGUGGAGCGAAGCGGCGACGUGGGGGGGCGGGGGCAUACCGGGGCAGGGCGCGCUGGAGGGCGCGAACGUGACCAUUCCGUGCGGCAAGGCCGUGCUGCUCGACACGUCGCCCGUGCUGCUCACCCUCCUGCAAAUACAAGGCGUCCUCAUGUUCGAGGACACGCCCUCGCUCCCUCUACUACUCCUCAACGCCUCCUUUAUUCUCCUGCAGGGCCGUCUCGCCAUCGGCGCGCAGCAGCAGCACUUCUCCCAGCGCGCCGUGCUCACGCUCACGCCCAACCCCAGCGCGCGCGCGCCCCUGCUCGUCUCCGACCCCCUGCCCGCGGACGCCGCCAAUCCGCGCAACCUGGGGCACAAGGCGCUAGCUGUGAAAAGGCUCUUACAUCAAAUUGCCUCCUUCCAACCAAAAUGCCCCUUGUCGUCCCUGCGCCAUCCCUCUCCUUUCCCCACCCUUUCCCAUGAUCACCCCACACCUCUCUAUCCCUCUACCUCUGCACCCUCUUCUCCUUGCUCCGUGAAUCCUUCACUGCUUCCUCGCCUCCCCCCUCCUGCUUCAACCCUCCUUCCCCGCUCCCUUCACCCCUCCCCCUCUUCCCUCCCCCUUCCCCCUCCUUUCCCUCCCCCUUCCCUUCCCCCUCCUUCCCCUCCCCCUCCUUUCCCUCCCCUCUCCCCCUUCCUUCCCCCCAUCUCCCCGCUCCAGCUAGGGGGCCGAUUGGAUCUGCACGGAAUGCCCGGGGGGCCCUCCACCCCCUCCUGGUGUCAGCUGGCAAGAACCGCGCCAGCUGGCGCCACGUCAUUGCUGGUGGACGCUGACGUGUCAGGGUGGCCAGUGGGGGGGCUAAUAGCAGUGUCGUCGACAGAUUACAGCACGGAUCAGGCAGAAGAUAUGAGCAUCACUGCAGCGUCGCACUUGCUUCUCCCCUCUUGUCUCUGCCCUUCUCCUCCACGAUCUAGACCUUCCAGGCUUCCACACCCUCUCACCACCACUACCAUACCCCCACCCCUUCUUCCCCUCUCGACCCUCCAUUCCCUUCGUCUCCCAUCAGUAACCACCUUCCCCAACGGCACUUCUCUCCUCACUCUCUCCAGCCCGCUCGCCUACUCCCACUUCGGGGACCCCCUGGGCGUACCCGACGGGUUCGGGGGCUACAUAGACGAGCGGGCAGAGGUGGCGCUACUAUCACGCACCGUUACAAUCACAUCUGUCCCAGAAAGCAGCCCUUAUGACCGAGAGGGCGGCCACGUGUCGGUGUAUUUCACACAGAGGGCGCAAGCAGUGGAGGGGGUGGAGUUCAGUGGGUUGGGGCAGGAGGGGCAGGAGGGGCGCGCCGAGGCGUGCUUCCUCUCCCUCCCUGCACUUGACUACCCUCUCUCCUUCCCUUCCUUACCGCCCUGCCCCAUCUCCCCCACCCUCCUUCCCCGGUCACUCCCCUCCCCUAUCUCCUCCCCCGUCUCUCUCCUCCAUGACCCCCCCACCCCCUCCUCGCGACGCUGCCUGGUGCUGACAGCGCCGAGUCGCAUGUGGGUGGAGGGCAACGUGGCGUACGGCACGAGCGGGCACUGCUUCACGCUUCUCCUCCCUCCCUGCACUCCACAUCCCUCUCUCCUUCCCCUCCUUAUCACCCUUCCCCAUCUCCCCCACCCUCCUUCCCCGGUCUCCCCCUCCCCAUUCCCUUCCCCCGCAUCCCUCCCCCCGCCUGCCCCCCUCCCCCCCACCGUGCAGCGCUGCCUGGUGCUGACAGCGGCGAGCGGCAUGUGGGUGGAGGGCAACGUGGCAUACAACACUCUCGGGCACUGCUUCAUGCUCUCAUUCCAACAACCACCCUCCUCGUCCUCUCUCUCCCUGCACUCCACAUCCCUCUCUCUCCCCACACCACGUUUCCCCGUCUCCCCCACCCUCUUUCCCGGUCUCCCCCUCGAGUCCCAAUUACCUCCUUCGUCCUAUCCCCUCCUUCCCCCCCGUCCCUCCCCCACGCGCCCCCACACAGCGUUGUCUGGUGCUGACAGCAGCGAGCGGCAUGUGGGUGGAGGGCAACGUGGCGUACAACACGCUCGGGCACUGCUUCAUGCUCUCCUCCCAACAACCACCCUCCGCUUUCUCUCCCUCCCUGCACUCCUCCCCAUCUCUCUCGCUUCUCCAAAUUCCUCCCUCCCCUCCUCACUACCCUACCCCAUCACCCCCACCCUCCUUCCCAUCUGUCUCCCCCACUCCCCCAAUCCGCCCGUCCACACAUCUAUGCAGCGCUGUCUGGUGCUGACAGCGGCGAGCGGCAUGUGGGUGGAGGGCAACGUGGCGUACAACACGCUCGGGCACUGCUUCAUGCUCUCCUCGGGCGCCGAGACGCGCAACACACUCGCCAACAACCUUGGAUUCCUCACCCGCCGCGCGGGCAGGGAUGUGUCGGGCAUGAGGGACACGAGCAGACCCGCCACGUUCCUGCUCGCCAACCCCGACAACGACUUCAUCAACAACACUGCUGCCGGCUCCUACUCCGCCGGGUGA